CCUUAACAACGCGUGUGAUGCACGAGCCAGGUUCCCGAAAUUUUUGGCGGUAUUUACAACUAUAAAAUACGUACCCGUUCCCGUAGCCCAUCGAAACUUUCAUAUAAAAAUCCCCAACAAAAAACCAUUAAAAUUUUAACCCAAACAAACAAGAGACAACAAAAAUCAUUUCAGGUUCGCCCGAAAUGCCGCUGAACGAGGUGACGCACUGGGACGACCAAACGACCGACGACAAUUGGUUAUGCGGAAGCCGGAUGUGAAAUUUACUUCAAGGAUAUGAAAAUAACACAUCAAAUGGCCCAUAAACACACACGAAACCGAACGGAAGAGCUUAAAUAAACCAUACAACAACACAGCCGAAAAAAGAGAGUACAAAAACAACAGCAAAAAAAAAGCAACACUGCCGGAACAACAGCAACAAUAUCCACACAACAGCAACAGCAGCAUCAAAUCAGUAAGAGGAAGUCGAAACAGAACAGAACAGAACAAAAGAAAAGAACAGAGGAAAAGAAAAGCGAAAGCGAAAGCCAAAAGCCAAAAUUGUAAAUGCUUCGUGUAAACACUUGAAAGCUCGUUAGGAUAAUACAUCCUGUGCCUGCCACUACACACACACACACACACACACACACACACACACAAAUAAACGAGAAAGGGACAUCGGUAGAGGCCGCAAAGGGCAUCUCCUUGUGUCACCAUGCGCCGCCAACAGUGUCUGAGUAGCCGCCAUCAGGACAAGCAGCAGCACCUCAGCCAGUACUACCAGCACAGCCACAGCUGCACCCACACUCACAGAGCUACACAGCAGGUACAGGACGAGUGCCCUUUUCAGGCCAUUGCCAUUGCAUAGCUUCCGUUUCCGUCUGCUCACUCGCUUGCCUCAUUUCCGCUGCGGCUGCAAUUAAGCGAACAACCCCGAAAAGUAUCAGCAAAAUGGCGCGCGACACCAAAUUUAACGAUGCACUCGACUACAUUUACAUAGCCAAUACCAUGAAUGAUAACGCCUAUCUCAUAACGGAGCCCCAGCCCGAUCUCCCCGAUGACGACCACGACAAGGACGAUGAUGAAGAGGAGCAAGAGGCAGAAGAUACGAACAAUAACAAGCAGAGAAAGCAUUACUAUGGCUCUGGGCCUGAAAAGAGAAAACAUUUCCGGAGCUCCCUAGCCCUGAGUGCAACUACCACCGACCCUACCACCGGCCCUACCUCACCCCUGACCACAGCCGCCCUAGCCGCAGCGGCAGCGAGUGCCUCAGUGGCCGCCGCAGCAGCCAGGAUCACAGCCAAGGCUGCCCACCGAGCUCUGACCACCGCAGGAGGAUCGAGCAAUGGCAAAGAGGUGGCGUUGGCGACGGCGACGGCGACAGCGACGGGCAACUGGCUAUGGCCAAUGGCAGUGCGGGGAUCAAUGUGACGACCAGCGAAGUGGCAGAAGAUGAUUUCACGUAUCUGCUGCGGAUGGCAGUAACAUCGGUGCUGCUUGGACUGAUGAUACUGGUCACCAU